AGCAGAUAUAUAUAGGGCGACCUAACCACCUCGCCGAUAUAACGACACCAUGGCCCGCUUCGCUGCCGUCCUUUGCGCUCUGUCGGUCCUUGUGAUCGCGCUGGCAUUCGCCGAGGAGGAGUUCGGCAAGCCCCACUCGAUCAUCAAGCGCUCCGAGGGCAACAAGUUCAUCAAGUACCACGGCGUAGGGGAGGGCGCGACCAGGAGCACGGGCACCCUGGACAAGUCGGGCUCGGGCCGCCUGGGCCAGAAGUCGACGGGAGGGAAGCCGAGCACGUCCGACGGUCACUCCACUGUGGGUGGCACCUUCCACCACGAGGUGGGAUCGUCGGGCAAGAAAAGCCCACCCAAAGGCAAGGGAAGGCGUUGAUGGGACGACAGAGCCGAUGAUUUGAAAUAUAGUCCGGUCUGCACUGUCUAA